AUGGCUUUCAGACUCUCACUUACUUCCACUCCCCAUUUCCAAAUCUCUACCCCAAAACGCCCUCGACAACUACCUCUCCCUCUUCUGGGUUUUCAGCUAAAAUGUUGCUCCAGUUCCUUUUCGCGCUCAAAAGCGGGAGCAGUUCAUGCUGUUCAACAGGAGGAGCAGCAGCUGGUCCAGUCCCCUGCUUCAGACUCCACUUCUGUCCCUUGUUCCUCUUCCAAGCUCGUUCUCGUCAUCGGUGGUACCGGCGGCGUUGGUCAGCUGGUAGUGGCUUCAUUGCUCGAUCGGAAUAUCAAGUCUCGCCUACUAUUGCGUGACACUGAGAAAGCAACUGCAUUAUUUGGUGAACAAGACCCAGAAACAUUGCAGGUAGUCAAAGGGGACACUCGCAACCCAGAUGAUCUCGAUCCAUCUAUUUUUGAGGGCGUCACACAUGUGAUUUGCUGCACCGGAACUACUGCUUUUCCUUCAAAGCGUUGGAGUGGGGAUAAUACACCAGAAAAAGUUGAUUGGGAGGGUGUGAGAAAUCUGGUAUCUGCACUGCCUCGGUCACUGAAGAGAGUUGUUCUUGUAUCAUCAGUAGGUGUAACCAAGUUCAAUGAACUGCCAUGGAGCAUUAUGAACCUUUUCGGUGUCCUUAAGUAUAAGAAGAUGGGGGAGGAUAUUCUUCGUAAUUCUGGUCUACCAUUUACAAUAAUCAGACCUGGUAGAUUGACAGAUGGACCUUAUACAUCAUAUGAUCUUAAUACAUUGCUCAAAGCUACAGCUGGCCAACGACGUGCAGUCCUAAUAGGUCAAGGAGAUACACUCGUUGGUGAGGUUAGCAGACUUGUAGUUGCGGAAGCUUGCAUACAGGCGCUGGACAUAGAAUGUACUGAAGGAAAAAUAUUUGAAGUCAACUCAGUUGAGGGAGAAGGUCCUGGAAGCGAUCAGCAGAAGUGGCGGGAACUAUUCAAAGCUGCCCAAGGUCAAUAACUGGGUUCUUAAACUCCAUUCAUUGCACCCAUGUCUACCAGUGAUGCUGCUUUAUAACAACAAUGAAAAUGAGGGCACCUCAUUAGGUACCUUGUUUAUCUAUACUGGAGUUUGGUGAAUUAUCUACACUGUAAAUAAUU